GGGCUCGCGCGUUCGCCAUCAUUUGGCUAUAUAGUAAAAUACGAUGGAAAAAAAAAUAACUGGGAAUUUGUCAAUGAAUAAACACAAUCACGCGUCGUCAAGAAAGAGAAGCGAGUCACAUUCAUAGACCACAACACAGUGUAAAGCACACAAACAAACGAAAAACCAAAUAAAACGAACGAAAAGAAGCAAGAAGCACAAAAACAACCAAAACACACUCACACCACACAGCAAAUAGCAUACGUAUGUUUCUCUCGUCAACCGGGGCCCCGAACUGGAAAACGCCAGAUGAAACAAAGUCAGUCUUGUUUCCAACCGUUACUACAGUCAUAUUGCACGCAAACACCUCAGAAGAAAAAGAAGAAAAAACAUUCCAACCGACCUUUGUGCAACGGAGCGACCAAUGAAAUUGGGAGAGAUAAAGAGAGAAAAAAAGCCAUAAAUAGUUUCAAGAUACCACAGAAAAAUCGUUGGAAAUUUUUCGUCGCGGAAAAUCGUCGAAAUUGUUGAAAUUUGUCGGCACACAACAUCGAGUGAUAGAAAUAAAAAGAGUAAUUAGUUCAUUUAUGAUUAGCAAAUUGUGGAAUUGAGCAUAAGGAAAAGCGUGCAAGUGACGAAAUCUCGAACAACAUACAGUAGAGUGGCAGAAACAGCAGUAGCAGCAGCAGCACAGCUGAUAGUGGCUCAAAGCAAAGAGGCGAACGUGAAAUAAUUCAAGAAAAGAAGAAAAAAGAAAAAGAAAUAGCAACUACAACAACGACAACAACGUGCACUCAGAGUCGUAGAGAAAGAGAGCGCAUAAGUGCGCUCAACAUACUUCACUUCGUCCACCAACAAAAAUGUGAAAUACAAAUCCAGUUUUUUCGCUUUUUUGUCAUAAAUGAAGAAAUUUCGUAGUAGACAAAUCAUAAAUAUUAUACCAACAAAUGAAAUUGUGUAAAUUAGUGAAGACAACAACAACCACAACGGCGGCCGCAUCAACAUUAAUCGUAUUCGUGUUACGAAUCAUAGCCGUUGCCGCGACCAAACUACAAAUCAGUGGAAAGAAAAACAUGAUUCCAAUGGUCGUACUCAUAUUGUUCGGCAUCAGUAUGAAUUUAGUACGUGCAGAAAAUCAAUAUCGACAGCCGCAUCAGCAACAGCAACAGCGUUACCAAAACAAUAAUAAUAAUCGACAGCAACGAAUGCAGCCAAAUGUAUCCGAUGCCACCGACGACUCAGCCUAUUAUUACGAAGAUGAUGAGGGCGAUGAAGGGACGCAAGCCACCAAUAUCAACGAAUUAUUCGAUUUUGCAUUGGAGCUGCUGUGGGCGCUGGUCACCAAAAAUGGGUGGGACCAGACCAAACUUCCCGAUAUAUCCGAAGGAUUUUCAUACCGGCCUUUGCUAAUCAAUUAUAAUGCCGGAAUCUUGAUGACAAACGGAAUGCUGUGGAAUAUACAUAAAAUUGCUAGAUACGGUGAUACUUACAUGAUAUUGGAUCGUCAUAAGCUUAAGUUUUCGGGAAAUUUACUCAUUGAAAAAGUUAAUUUUAGCUACGAUGUUAAGGCUGAUGUUAUGGGCUUGGGACCGACGAUAACCGUUGAUGGAACGGUUGUCGAAACCAUAUUGGGCAGUGAUUUUUCCAUUCCGCUCAACGACACCAAUUUCAAUUUAGAUGACUUAAAAAUAUUGUCACUCGGUCACAUCCGUGUCCAAUUGACCAGUGGAAACCUACUGCGAACGGUGUCGGGUCCAUUUUUAACCAUAAUCACGCAAUUAUUUCGCGCCAAAAUCAGUACAUCAGCAUCGGAUGGGAUCAAGGACUAUGUGGCGGAUUUGAUGAAAUAUGCAAAUAAAAUUGAUUUAUUUGAAUUGAAAAAAUCCCUUCGAACACUUCUCGGUAAUCUGAAGUCAGCCUAUAAAAUUUAAUUUAUUCUUUACCAACUAAAAUACAAACAACAAGGAAGAAACAAGAUAGAACAAUUGCUAAAUGUUUAAAUUUAGGGAUAAUAUGUUAUGCUAAAAAAGAAGCGAACGAAAUGACAAAACGAAAAGUAAUCAUUUUUUAUAACCAAAGAAGAAAAAAAAACGAACAGAAUAAUCUUGAGUAUGGCUUUUUCAUUAUUUUCUCUGGUGCAAACAUAAUGUGGUGUGAAAUACGUACUGUACAUGAAAUUUGCUCUGAUAAAUAAAGAGUUCGCUGUCGACCAGCCAGUGAUAUCAUCAUCGAACAA